GACGAGCUUGGGUGCCUUCGGGUUUCCGUCAUCCAGCUGCAUUGAAGACAAAAUUCUGAGACAUUUGGGGAGUCUGUUUAUGCAAAGCUGGUCUCCUCUCCUUCCUGUUCGUAUGUGACGCUGUUUUCGAGCGGGCGCGAAGGUUCAAUUGAAUUGAAGAUAACUUGCAGUGAAGGGAUUUGCUGUAGCUAAGAAAAAACCAAGCACAAGCCCAGCCAUCUUAUCAGGGCCUAUAUACCAUCAAAAUUACUCCAAAUACAUAUUGGAUUUUGCUGUUUCUUGUGAACUUUAUACCCUAACCUUGUCUGGAGUACAGUGGACUAAAAUGAAGCUUUCUUACUUAAGAGUCACGAUGUUUUGAGUUAUCAUGGCCAAGAUUAAUGUGGAAGGCACAUUCCUCCAUCUUGUGUGGAUGUCAUUUCUUUUGGUGAGCACUUUGAUUCAGCCUGGAGAUUCUGAUGAAGAUUGUCUGUCUCCUCUGGGAAUGGAGGAUGGACGUAUCAAGGAUGAUCAGCUUCGUGCUACGACUAUUUUAAAUGGUCUAAGCCAGGCUGCUAAUGGUAGAUUGAAUCACAAGGAUGGCUACGGUGGAUGGUGCCCUAAUCAGACACGCAGUGGAAAUGAAACAGGACCAUUUUAUGACCAGUUUAUUCAGGUCAAGUUAGAUAUGCCCGUAAGACUCAAAGGUAUUGCUACACAAGGCCGUUAUAACGGUGUGGAAAAAGUGAAGCGUUACUGGGUUACUUAUACACCAGACAAAAAGAAUGAGCGUUCAAAGUGGAUUUUCGACAAAAAAACCAAAAAUGUGAAGUUCUUUGAAGGUAACAUCAACAGUAAACCGCACAUAAAUAAACUAAAACCACCCAUUGUUGUGGAGCUAAUUAGAAUUGUUCCAGAAUUGUACAAAGGUAAACAGGUGUGUCUCAGGUUUGAGCUUCUUGGAUGUCCAUUGAAAUAUGGUCUUGUCAAAUACCAAAUGCCUCAAGGUAAUACAAGAGGAGGAAGGUACAACUUCACAGAUUCAAGUUACGAUGGUUUUACCAAAAACAACUUUCUAUCUGCUGGCCUUGGAAUGCUCACUGAUGGAAAAUUGGCCCCUGAAGAUUUUGCUGCCACUAAUGGUUGGAUUGGGUGGAAUGAAAAAUUCACACCUACACCUUACAUCAUAUUUGAGUUUUUGAACAUAAGAAUCUUUCAUUCUAUGACUCUCCAUUGUAAUGUAAGAGACAGAACAAAGAUCAAGUUGUUCUCCAAAGUUGUAGUAAGUUUCAAUGUGGAUGGUGUUUCAUUUAAUGCGUCACGGACAUAUGAACCAGAGAAUGUUUCCAGUGGAUUAGGUUGGAUGAACUACAAUGUUACGAUUGACUUGUGCCAACACAUAGCAAAGUUAAUGAAGUUGAAUUUUACCUAUAUGUAUGCAGAGGGCUGGAUAUUAAUCAGUGAAGUCACUUUUGACUCAGAGCCACUUGGUACCAAGUCACCUCCUGAACCUGUCUGUGCUCCUACCCUGACCCCUCCUCUUUCCACAAUGCCACCAACUGACACAAGAAGUUUACUUACCAGCAGCAGCCCAUCUGAGGGGGUCUUAGGUGAAAAAGAUCCUGGAGCUAGUUCCAGUAGCGGGUCCAUGGAUGGUGGUGUCAUAGCUGGUAUCAUCUGUGCUGUGAUAGCUGUCCUGUUGGUGAUUGCCUUGUUUAUCUGCUGGAAGCGCUACCCUCACUUGUUGUUUCAUCGUGAAAAACCAUUCAACUCUUUCAUCAAAGUUGAAGUGAAGCCUUAUGCUCAUUACCAUGCUCCACAGCGUGUGUCUCGCCUGGACAGUACAGUGAGUGAAAAUGAAGAGAAGAGAUACAGCUUCAAGAACAAUGUGUGUAGCGAGGGAGGGGUUGGUGGAGCAGAUGUGACUGUCUGCCCCAUAUAUGCUAGUGUACAAGAAAACUUGAACAAGAGUGUUCCUGCAGAUGGCAAUCUUAACAAUCUCUCAAAGUGCCAGAGGCAUAAUUCUGAGCAAAAGCCCCCAAAGAAAGUUAAGCCUUCUAUACCGCCACCCCUCAAGCCAUUUCAGCAAACGCCAGACAAUGUUUAUGCCGAGCCUAACGUCCCUUUGCUACCUCCGGCGUCACCAGGCACGGGUGGAUCUCCUAAACCUCCAAUACCGCCACGAGCUUCACAGAUAAACUUUACGAAUGCAUCAAGCUUUCCCGAUAAUCAUUAUGCGGAGCCAGACUCUCCCUCGGAGAAAAGCCCCAUGAUCGAGGAACCAGCCAAGCCUAAAAUUGUUAGCGGCUAUGCCGAACCUAUCGAUGCUAUUUCUCCUACAACAAUUACUACUUUUCCUAAUCCUAUUUACGAGGAGGUGUACUCAGAGCCUUAUCAGGGCGUGUCUGGCACCAGUUUGUAUUGCAACCCCGAUGAGGACCUGAACUUUAGACCGAGACUGGACACGUUUAAGGACUUCCCUCGUCAUAAGCUUCACUUCAGAGAGAAGAUCGGCGAUGGACAGUUUGGCGAGGUGCACAUCGGAGAGGCGGAAGGCUUAGGAGACAUUUUAGGCGAGGAGUUCAAACACAGUCCACGUGUGACUGUUGCUAUCAAAACGCUCAAACUAGACGUGGACAAGAACAUCAAGGAUGAUUUCUUCAAGGAGGUGAAAGUCAUGGCAGGACUAAGGCACUCCAAUGUCGUUCGUCUGUUAGGCGUUUGCCGUGAUGAUCCCAUGUACAUGAUCGUCGAGUACAUGGCUAACGGUGAUCUUAAUCAGUUCCUUAAAGAAAAGGAACUAACGCCUAGCUUGUCUCUGAAUGAGAGCGACGGAUGGGAGGAUACAGGACAGUAUGUCUCUCCGCAGGCGCUUUUUUACAUGGCAAAACAAGUGGCAGCUGGGAUGAAGUACAUCUCUUCGUUGAACUAUGUCCAUCGUGAUCUUGCCACGCGGAACUGUCUUGUUGGACACGCCUACACAGUGAAGAUCGCUGACUUUGGCAUGUCAAGAAACUUGUACUGUAAACAUUACUACCGCAUAGAGGGACGCGUGAUUUUACCAAUACGAUGGAUGGCGCCUGAGUGUAUUCUUCAAGGCCGCUUUACCACCGCUAGUGACGUGUGGGCGUAUGGUGUGACCCUGUGGGAGAUCCUCACCCUGGCGAAAGAGUACCCUUAUUCAGAGCUCACUGAUGAAGAGGUAAUACAAAACGUGCAGAAGAUGUUCCACGGGCAGGAUAAACCCUUCACUAUCCUACCUCAGCCAGAGACGUGUCCAGAUGACUUGUAUCGGCUCAUGAAACAAUGCUGGACCAAGGAGCUGGAGCGAAGACCCUCGUUCAUGGAACUGCACAGCAAUAUAGCAGAGCGUGUACGACUCAGCGAAGUCACCAUUUAGUUUUGCUCGAAGUAGUUGGUGGCCAUCAAAAGAGUUGCCAUGACAGGACUCGAUAGUCGUGUGUUCAAUAAUGAUGAUGUGGGCGGGUAUUUUUCCAUUUCUAGAAUGGCUGAUUGCUUCUAUGCUACAUUGUUUUAAUGCAGUCGUGAAACCUGACGCAGAGUAUUUAGACCAAGAUAUGCAAACAAAAGCAAAGUUUUGAUUGGCGUUGGCUUUGCUCGUUAUUGUUUAAAUAUAACCGGUCCAUCGACUGCAGUUUGUUUGCAGAAUACAGGUGUUUCAUUAACCAAACAGAGACCUUGCCAAGCGCAAGACUAGUACUUUUGUAAGUCAAUCAAACAACGCUCUCUCGCAUCCAAAUCCCUUAGUUGUUUGGCUCGGUUUUUAGAAUGCUACGAAGAGCUGGUACUACCACAAUAGACAUUUUAAUCGAAUCAAUUUCUUGGGGCAGGGGUGCCUUAGAGGACCCAGUUACACUCGGAGUCGCAUCAUUACCUGGAAAACCUUUCAAUCCUGAGUCACGUUGGUGAUUCAUUAGUCUUAGAUAUUUUAACGUUUUUGUAGUGUACUAUUCAGAGAUGAGUAUUUAACUCCCAAUUUCCUGAGAAAGUGUAAAUUUGUAGAAGUUGAAAAUUUGUUGUUAUGAUUGCGGUAAUGUCACCCUUCUUCGAGGACCGGGGAACUGUCUGUGAAGUGUAAAUGGUGAACUGCAGCUGUUUUUAUAAUAGGAAGUUGAUUAUUUAUCUGCUAAAAUUAGCUGGAACAGAGCAUACUUUCUGUACAGGGUGGUAUAUUAGUAAUUUGCAUCAGUUUUGUAAUAUAUUGUUUUGUAAAGCAGUUACCUGUAAUUUGAAUUGAAAUUAAAGUAAUUGCUAUUUUAUAGGAUAUUUUUUUGCGAGGUGUCGCGACUGGCGAUUUGAGGGAACGUGUUCUUUCUGGACUUAUUUAUUGAAUUUACUGUGUCCGUCGACACGCCAGAGGUGUUUUUCCGUCAUAAGUAAACGUUUGGUAUUAUUUUAGGAUCUAUUUUGUUGUCGGGGGCGGCUGGUUGGAAAUGACCCCUGAGUUCCAAUAUUUUACGCCAGUUUCUGAUUUUCAAAGGUACUGAAGUGAACCUUAAACUAAUAGAUUGCUUAGGUAAAAUAACACCAAAUAAGUAAUAAAAGCUGAAAACACG